AUGGCUCCCAAUCGAGGCUUUGGCGAGGGCCGGAGUCGCUUGAAGCCUGUGCAUCUGGACCCGUUAGACGCAUAUGGCUUACCAUCCAAGGGUGACAACAGAUUGCUUGAUGCCAAGACCCAGGAGCGUUACUACACCAAGAUUGUUGAGAGAUAUCUCACCUUCUGUUCGGACGCCGGCAACCGCGAUGUUCUGCUGGAGCGAUUUGCGUCGUUGAGCAUCGUCGAGAAGAAUGAGCAGCCCGUCUUCCCCACUCCCACCAGUACUUCGCUCGGCAACAACAGCACCAAGGAUCUGUCUGAUGUCCUCAUGGCGUUGAGGAAGCUACGCGAAGGGAUAGUGGCGUCCAAAAGACUAGACGACUUCGCCAUCCAGGCCUACCUCUUCUGCAUCCGGCUCGCCGUGCUGGUCAAACAGCCCGAGGCCUACCAUCCGGCCAUACUCCACCUCUUGCGCUUCAUACACCGCCGGCACCCCCUGACCAACGUGGAACUACGCGAAGUAGUGAGCUAUCUGGUACUUGAUAUGGCCUGUCGCCAGAGUGAUCUCUCGGACGCGUACAUUCUGAAGCAGCAGUACGAUCUGCACGACCCCAAGGUCGACGCCGUCUUGCACGCCCUGGCCCGAGACAACUGGGUAGCCUUCAGGAGGAUCAAGGGGAGCGUCGACGGCCACAAGGCGAAAUUGCUGGAAUUUGCCGAAGACGACCUGAGAACACACACCCUCAAGGCAUUCGGCCGGACCUAUCUGCAUGCCGAUCUUGACUACCUAGAGCGAUCGACAGGCCGCGCGUGGGCCGAACUCCAGAGCAAGAACCGCGUCGGAUGGGAGCGUGACGGCCAGAAAGUCGUCAUUCGCAAGAUUCAGGCCAAAUCAUGA